UACGAGAAACGUCACACGAAAUGAGACGUCGCUAUUGGUGGAAUUUGAAAGAGGCAAAUUUGAAAAGUGGAUAGUGUUGAUCAUUUUUGGGAAGUCUUGUAUAAGUGUUUUUAUUCAGCUGUUGUAUCUCUUACGAGUUUGAAAAUAUAAAUAAAGUUUACCCGGAAAAUUUCUUGUCAAGAUAUAAAGGACAACUCAUGAUUACAAUUAAGAAUUGAGGAGUUAAAUAUAAACAUGGAAACUCCAAGGGAAUAUAAACACUCUCCUGUUUUAAACAAUAAUAAUUGGAAGUUAUUAGCACACAAAGCUAGUACACCACUUACAUAUUGUACUAGUGAUGAAAGUGGCUAUGGUACAAAUGGAACAAUCUGUGAUGAUACAGAAUCUCCAGAAAUUCUAGAAUUUGCAAUUCCCAGAUUAAAAACAUCAACUGGUCUUAACAUGGGUAAUAUAAAAUGCUAUUCUUCAGAUGAGUCUGUAAAUUCAGGAAAACUUACAUAUAGCCCAACUUUCACAAAUGAAAAGUGUUUAAAUACAAUAGUACCUCUAAGUGGACAAGAAAUAGGCAAGAAAUACAUUGAUUUCUUUUAUGAACUGAGCAACAGGAGAAAUUGUUUAAAUGUUAUAUCAAAAAUAUUAAUGUAUUUAACUCCUUUUGAACUAUGUAAAGUAUCUUGGGUUAGCAGGACUUGGAAGAAUGUGUGCUUAAAUGAUGCUAAUGCAGGGUCUAUUAUAGAAAAUUACCUUUAUUUAAGGAAAUACAUAAAAGAAAAUGAAAAGGAAAAUUUAACUCUCUUCAAAACUCCUACUUUUGAUAAACUUUCUCGGAGAAUUCCUUUUGUCAAUGUACAAAAUACGAUCUCAAAGGAAGAUGUACCAGGGAUGCAAGAAAAGAAAACUGCUCCUUGGCCAAAAUCAAGAUAUCAGUUAUUUAGAGAGGAAGCAAAUAAAUGUAAUCCUGGAGAAAGAUUACAGAUUUGUCCCAGAUGUGGUUCCCCAUCCAGAGUUAUUAGUAUUGAACAAAGAGGCAUAUGUUCAGAUUUGUAUUGUUCUUUUGAUUUUUGUACUGUUUGCCUAAAUGAAUUUCAUAAGCAGAUUCCCUGCAAAACAAAAGUGAAACCCAUAAAUAAAACUCAUUCCAUAGGUAGCAAACAGUCAAAACGAAAACUGAAACGGCUAUAAACUGUUUUUUUUUUAUGUUGUACAUAUUCUUUUCUAUUUAAGCUAUUUUAUUCUUGUAUAUUUGUUACUUUAUAAACAGUGUUGUAUAUUUUUUUAAUGUAUUUUUACAAACUUCCUGUAAAGUUUGAUGUUUAUAAAUGUUACAAUAAAAUUUGUUAUACA